CAGCGGCGAGUACCAGCUCUGCACUUUAUUACAGGUAUUAAUUUCGUCACUCUUUUCCUCUAUCAAACAACCAAAGCUAAUAACCAUCUUUUUCCCACACUUUUCCCCUCUUUCACCGCCAUCUCCGACCCACAACAUUCUGCCGGCUACCUGCAAUUCCCAGAAACAUGGCUGCCAUGAAGAUGAUGCCCACUAUACACUGAAUUCUUUCAUUCUUCUACUAGAUAGCUACCAGCUAGCUAGGCUACUGCUUCUUUAAUUUGCCUGAAAAAAAAAUGGGGAAGAGAGGAAGUGGUUGGUUUUCAUCCGUCAAGAAAGUCUUCAACAAACACUCUUCUAAAGAUUCUCCGGACAAGAAGGAAAACAAUGUUGCAGACGAUGAGCACAACAAAUGGACUCAAGAAGCCCCAGAAGUGGUGUCGCUUGAACAUUUCCCGGCAGGAAGCUCCAACGGCGGGGAUUCAUCGCCCCCUGCAGCUGAAGAUCCCGACCACGGCUUCUCCGUCGCGCUUGCGACGGCGGCAGCGGCCGAGGCUGCCGCGGCCGCCGCCCAGGCUGCCGCAAAGGUUGUCAGAUUGGCCGGACGCGGGCGCCAGCAGUCGAAGGAGGAAAGAGCCGCCACCCUCAUUCAAACAUAUUACAGAGGAUAUCUUGCGAGACGGGCGCUGCGGGCAUUGAAGGCGCUGGUGAGGCUGCAGGCUCUGGUGAGGGGAAACAAUGUGCGGAAACAAGCGUUGAUGACGAUGCGGUGCAUGCAAUCUUUAGUGCGUGUGCAGGCAAGAGUGAGAGCUCGAAGGCUGCAGUUAGUGAAGCAGAAGGUGCAGAUCAAGCAAGAUGCAGGAGAAAAUGAAAGAUCACUGCAGCCUGGUGGAAGCCCAGAAAAGAAGAUGGAGACAGAUGAUGAUGAUGAUGGUUGGGGCAAUGGAAACCUGCAAAACACUGAAAAGAUGGUGAAAAGAGAGAGGGCCCUUGCAUAUGCCUAUGCAUAUCAGCAGGAUAAACAACAGAAGUUCUUGGAUUUUGAUGCAAAUGGAUACCAUGCUGAGCUGUUUCCCAACGAGGAUCCACGCUGGCGGUGGAGUUGGUUGGAGGGUUGGAUGGCAUCGCAAGCAAAGGAGUAUUCACGGCCAAGUCAGCAACACGACGGCUCACGUGUAACCAUUUCCACGAUGGAUGACAUAUCAUCAGAAAAGACUGUGGAAAUAGAUUUUCACUCACCGAUGCGAUCAGAGCUCGUUAAAUCGACCAGGUACAGUAUUACCACGGGUGAAACAAGCCCAUACACAGCCCGUGGGCACCGCCAAAUGCUGUCGGGUUGUGAUGGGGUCCCGAGUUUCAUGGCCCCUACUCAAUCUGCAAAAGCGAAAGUGCGAACCCAAGGCUCGAACAAGACCCAAAGCCCGCCAUCAGCCCAAUGGAACUCAUCAACAAAAAGGGGGUUGACAACUCUUCAAGGCUCGAGAAGCCCAAACCCGAAAAGUUGUGCUAGACAAGUCAAGUGGAUGCCCAGUUACAGUCCGGAAUCCAGCGGAGAUGAUAGGGUGUCACCAUUGAGAAACUUUGGAUGGAGACAUAAUUUUGGUUGAUUAUUAGUGUUAAAUGCUAAUUAAUGUGUGGUUAGUGUGUGUAUUUAUGGCUAUCAAUUUGUCAUGUGACAAUAAUGUUUGUAUAUCAAUGUUGCUUCUUUGUUUGGAUAAUACAACUUGGUGUACUGAAUUGGUCUCCUAAGAAGCUAUGAGAUAUUAACAGCUUAUGAAUUA